AUGCCAGUAAGGUGGCCCCUGUUAGAGCUUGAACCACCAUCAGGGGCUGCCAAGACGCGCCCACUUUGUCUUCGCCCUGGUUCCGAUGCAAUCAACAUGGACCAACAGGACAAUUGCAAAUCUCAGGCGAAAGAUGCCUCGCCUCGACUAACCAUCACUGACUUGAGUGAAGCCAGAACAAGUCUAAACGCCACAGAUACACCUGGCCCAUAUCACGUAUUCCCGAGUGGCCGGAAAAAAUUCCUCGUGGGCGUCAUUGGAGUCGCAGGCCUGUUCUCGGGCUUGUCGUCAAAUAUCUACUUCCCGUCACUAGACGCAAUUGCAAAGAGAGCAGGAUCUCAAUGCGUGUCACCAUUGCUUUGGGGUUCACUGUCGGACACGGUGGGACGGCGGCCUAUUUACAUCGCUUCUUUCACGGUCUAUAUUAUUUCCAACAUUGUGCUUAGCCUUUCUCCCAAUUUCCCUGUUCUUUUGGUCUUUAGAGGUCUGCAAGCGGCAGGUAGCGCCUCUACUGUAAGCAUUGGAAAUGGCGUUAUUCAAGAUAUCUCUCCACCAUCUGAGAGAGGGGCUUUUAUCAGCUUCUACCAGGCCAUUCGUAACUUCAGCAUCGCUAUUGGUCCUGUUCUAGGUGGCGUCUUGGCAAACACCUUCGGCUUCCGGUCCAUCUUCAUUUUUCUGGCCAUACUUUCCUCACUAGUUAUCAUAAUGCUCAUCUUGUUUCUGCCUGAGACCCUGCGGACCAUCGCCGGAAACGGCUCUCUGCGGCUCACUGGUAUUUACAAGCCACUCGUUGCGAGGAUCUCCGUGGAGCCACCAUAUAUGCAGGACCCUAACGAAACGGUCCAGCGAAAGAAAGUGACCCUCAUAACGUUCAUUGAGCCUCUAAGGCUUCUGGCGGAGAAGGAUAUUUUCCUGAAUCUGCUGUUUGGGGGCGUGGUAUAUGCCAUUUGGAGUAUGGUAACAUCCAGUACCACAAACCUUUUCAAGUCACGCUUUGGCCUUAACGAACUCUUCCUUGGCCUAGUUUACCUACCCAACGGUUGCGGCACCAUCGCCGGCUCUGCUAUGAUUGGCAAACUGAUGACGCGCGACUAUAAAGCAGCUGAGGUGGCCUACAAACUUGCGCAAAAUCUACCACCCUCGUAUAAAGUCCCGGCCAAGGACAUCCCAGCCGAUUUCCCCAUCGAGCACGCACGUCUACGGCACCUGCCGUGGAUCGCAAGUCUCUUUACUGUAUCCACUGCCGCGUAUGGUUUUACACUUGCAUAUCCAACCUUGACAUCCAAACCCGGGUGGAUAGCGGUGCCACUCGCUUUGCAGUUUCUAAUUGCCGCAAUGAGCAAUGCCAUCUUUGCGCUAAACCAGACGCUCGUGUCGGACUUGUGUCCCGGCAAAGGCGCUAGCAGUACGGCCAUCAACAACCUAGUACGGUGCGGGCUCGGCGCUGUUGGAGUUGCGUUUGUCGAGGCCAUGAUUACCAAUAUCGGGCCCGCGUGGGCCUUCCUAGGCUUAGCAUUAAUCACGGUAGCAAUGGCACCGUUUGCUGCGGUAAACUGGUAUUGGGGGCAACAAUGGCGGGCUGCAAGGACAAAAAGGAAGGCCAAGAUGGAAGACUAGAACAAUACGCAGAGGCUUGAACCCUUGCUAGUUCC